AUGAUAUUUACUCGUCAAAUCGUAACGGUUCUUUUUCUACUCACGAUCCCCGGAUGGUCCGGUGGGGGUGGUGACCCCGAUGGCGAUGCCUCUCCUGUUAGUGAUGAUAGUGGAGCUGAUGAUGAUUCUGAGACGAAAUCACCACAAGUGACCAUAGAGAUCUCAUCAUCAGGCCCCAUAGAGCCAGACAUCUCCAUAUUUUACAUCUGCAAGUUACGCACCAUGAAGAACGAGCACCAGAACAUGAAUCUCUUUGCUUUCCACUUCGACUGGUUCGAGUACUUCAGCCAGAAAUCCUUUUCUAUGAAAUCUUACGAGGUCCUCCCUGCUAUUACCAACAGAUCGAGAUAUGAUAACGCCAGCAUCCUACUGACUACUUCUGGAGAGUUCAACGUGAGUAGGAAUGGCUCGGUCAUCAUCUGUUCCCUGGAACCCAACUGGAUGGACAGCGAAAACAUUUCUAACUCUUCGACACGAUUUUUAAAGUUGGAUCGCCGAAAAACCCGCCUCAUCGCGUCGCGAGACAGCCAGCAGCAGACCUUCACGAUCGUCAGCGUCGUUGUUGUGGUCCUCUUCGUCCUCUCAUUCAUGUCCACCAUGACUGUCGCUUUGAAAGCUGGAACCAGGAGCGAUCACAACGCAAACCUUGAAGAUAUCUUUCAAGAAGAUUUCAACAAAAUCGACUUCGAAGAGGAAACAGAGGUGGAAAGGAUAAUCGCGGCCAUUCCGACUGAGAACGAUUUGGAAGCUGCUACCACAAAAUCGCGGGACCGGUCUAAAAAAACUGUCACCUUCAGAAAAGAAGAAGAGUCUCAAAAAGCUGACAAAGUUGGCAGCGAUAAUAUCGAGGAUCUGCCUGUAAGAAGAGCCACUGCAGCUGCUGACGCUGAUAGCCUGGCUACUGCAGCUGCUGAUGCCAAUUUGAUUGAUAAAGAUGAUGGUGAAGAUGAUGAUGAAGAUGAUGAUGACGACCUUGAUUUCGAUAUUGAUGUUAAUAAUGUUGAUAAAUUUAUGUUAAUACAGGCAAAUCAACGAAUCACGCUCAUUGCGUGUGAUAGACGGAGAUCUCCUUGCAUUCAAAUCCAGUCACUGCGACAGCAGUUUCAGGCACCUUUACCAUUUACGCUAUAG